GUCAGUCCCGGCGCGGCCCAGCAGCGGCGGGAGGCCCCGGCACAGGCAGUCUAGUGUUGUGGAUGCUAGCAGACGACGCGCGCGCCGCCAGCAGACGACGCGUAUAGCAAGUGCCGGUCGGGAUAACGAGCACUGGAGGCCGUGUGUUCGGCGGACAGGAUGACGACGCCGUCCUCCUGCUUGUGAGCCUGCUCGCUGCGGCGGUGAACGACUCGGCCGCCACCUGAGACGGGAGCGCACCGCUGCAUGGCUGCGCGCACCUGAACCUGCCGUGGAUAAAACCUCCGUGGGAAAGCCCCGCGCACAUCCUGGGUAACAUGUGGGGCCAGUCGUGGAUCAACGUGUACGACCUGGUGGAGCCCUUCCCGAACGCCACCUCCUACGACGUGACAAAGGCCCUUCGGGAGCAGCGCUACAACGCCCUCAAGAUGUUCCGCAAGUCGGACGAGUUCUACACGUCCAUGGGGCUGCUGCCCAGCGAGAUGUCCUACGGGCCGCGGGCGGUCAUCGAGAAGCCCCGGGGCCGCGAGAUCAUCUGCCACGGCUCGGCGUGGGACUUCUGCGACAGGAAGGACUUCAGGAUAAAAAUGUGCACCAAGGUCGACCAGGACGACUUCCGCACGAUUCACCACGAGAUGGGCCACAUCCAGUACUACCUGCAGUACAAGGACCAGCCGUACAUGCUGCGCAGCGGGGCCAACCCCGGAUUCCACGAAGCCAUCGGCGACACGAUCGCCCUGUCGGUGGACAACCCGAAGCACCUCAAGACCAUCGGGCUCCUCAAGGACUUCGACGACUCGGAGGAGAGCAGCGUCAACGCGCUCAUGAAGAUGGCGCUGGAGAAGGUCGCCUUCCUGCCCUUCGGCCUGCUCGUGGACAUGUGGCGGUGGGACGUGUUCUCCGGGAACGUGUCGCACUCGGACUGGAACCGCCACUGGUGGCUUCUGCGCGAGGACAUCCAGGGCCUCAGGUCGCCCGUGCCGCGCUCCGAGGAGGACUUCGACCCGGGCGCCAAGUUCCACGUGCCGGGCAGCUACCAGUACAUCUCUUACUUCGUGGCGGACAUCCUCCAGUUCCAGCUCUACAGGGCGCUGUGCAUCGAGGCCGGAGAAUACAGACCAGACGACCCCUCGAGUCCGCCCCUGCACAAGUGCGACUUUUACAACUCGAAAGAGGCGGGCGCCAAGUUCAGCAAGGGCAUGGCGCUUGGCGCGUCCGUGCACUGGAGCGAGGCUCUGGAGCAGCUCACCGGGGAGACGGAGCUGAACGCCACCGCGCUCCUGGAGUACUUCGAGCCGCUGCACCGGUUCCUCCGCGACGCCAACGGCGACCUGGACGCCGAGGCCGCCGCCAUCGACGCCUCCCGGACGGCGGGGGCGUCGGUGUUGUCUUCCGUAGUUACCCUGCCCGUCGUACUCCUAAUGCUCGUGAUACUUAAUCGAUAAUGCCAUUAAAGUGAUACGUUUUUUUUUGUUACAAA